GAAAAACUAUUGACGCACCACCUAUGAGGGGGAUUCUACAUAAGUAUCUUAUUCUAUUUACGUAAAGAUCGUUAUCUAAAAACUAGUUUUUAACCUGCAAAACAACUAGCAAUUUUGGUUUAGAGGAGAGUUAGCAGACGAGGUCGAUUAGGUAGCCGAUGUUUUAACCGAAGGAUGAAAGAAAAUGAAUGUGAUAAAGGUUGGUAAUUUAGACGCCAAUUUUCUAGGACUCACAGAAUACGCACAAAUGGAAGAAGAAAAGACGAAAAGAAAAGRGAAAAAAGAUUUGAUGUUUUUAAAACGCUCUGCAACCAUCGAGACUUCGACAAGGCUAAACUUCAAGUCUAAUCGAAGAUUGUCGACCGAAAGUUUAAUGAGCUGUGGCUUUCGAAGACCUAGGACUGAAACGACAAUGUCCUCGAUUCAAAACCAAAACAUUGACUUCUGGAAAAGACACUUUGAUCCACGAACAAAUGUCUCUUGGACGGAAUUCCGCUCGGCGUUUCUUCAAGACUAUGGGAGUGUUAUCUAUGAUUUUUCUCCUAAAAGAGUGAAUUGGAUUCUUAGUAUUAUUCAUCUGGAUAUAUUCGAAGGAAGAGACUUGAUUUAUAAAAUAUAUUAUGAUAAAUAUUGUGGAAAAUCGAACAAGCAUCCUGACAGACUAUGGCUGAAGAUAAAACAGUACGCGACGGAAAGAAUUUUCAGGGAGGGUGUUGUGGAAUCUCUUUUCGAGUGAAAAUAUUUUCAACCGAGAAAAUUUCUUCAACACGUAAUUACUCAGAUGAUCAGUUGAAGUACACUUUUUUUCUUUAAAUUCAGUUAUCACAGACCAAUUUAUUUAAAAAUCACAAACGACAGAUUUUAUGCUAUAUUUAUUGAGGUUGGACGUGGAAAACCUCAAGGAACAAUGGCUCAAGUUUGGAGUUCUCUGCUGCUCAGGGUUAGCUUCGACUUUGUGCAGAAUAUCCAUGUGUCCAGAAAAUGGUCCUGGAAUUUUUGAAAGUGAAUUGGUAUAUUCUUAACUUUACCGUUAGUAUUUGGGAAUAUUUGGACGCUGAGUGAAUGAGUCUGUAGUCAAGGAACACAGCGGUAAUUUGGAACUCCAAAAAGUCCAUUUGAAUCAAAAGUGUAUGCAUCUUCUGGUAAAAAGGAGAAUAUCAGACUUUUUGACUUUGUCAUAUUAAAUGAUUUGAUCAAAUUAUGGAUCAAAGGAAUGCGACAGAUUGUAAUUAUGCCCUGAAGACUUUUCAUAUUGACUAGUGACGUCACAGCAGAUCUUAGCCUACCGGGGAAUUUUUAGUUAUUCGACUUUCAUAAAUUUUGACUAAUACAAAUGAGCCUUUUGUGAAAACAAAACAAAAAAUUAAAAUUAAAAAUAGAUGUAAUAAAGUUAUGAGCAAAAUGACUUGAUUUAGAAGGAGAAUUAAUGCUCAAGGAUGAAUGAAUAAAUUGAUCAAAUUAA